AUGCCACAUGUAAAUGACAUAGGUAUAUUUGUUAAUAGUGAUUUAACAGAUGAUGAAAAAUAUUCUACGUUAACUAAAUUAUGGGUACCACUGGCUACAUAUAAAUUUCCCUUAUGCAGUAUAAAUGAAAAAAAAGGUUUAAAAUUCCAAUUUAAAUGGCUGCUUGAGUUUAAUUGGCUUGCUUAUUCUGAAAAAACCCAAGGUGCUUACUGUAAACAUUGUGUUGUGUUUGCCAAAACUGGCGGUGUGGGGAGUCAGCCUUUACGCAAAUUAGUAUAUGAAGCUUUUAAUGCGUGGAAGAAAGCUUUAGAGGUAUUUCGGAAACACUCUACUUGUGAUUAUCAUGUUACUUCUGUUGUUAAAUCAGAUCAAUUCCUUAAUAUUUUUACUAAAAAACAACCUUCAAUUAUUGAAGCAAUCUGUGAAGAUAGGUUUGUAAACAUUACCUCUAAUUGA